AUGCCGUCCCGCAAAAGCGACUCGAGCGAGACCAAAGCCGAGUCUCGCCGCACCUCUCUCCGCCGCCUCGGUUCCAUUGCUUCCUUGCAGACGCUCAAUCCCUUCAAUCGCCGCCGUUCCAACAACACCGCCACCGACUCUCCCGCUUCUACCAGCAAUCUCUCCUUGAGUAGCACCGCGGCCAAUGCUCCAAGCUCCAACAAGACUCCUCCAUCUUCGCAGAAGUCCAUCGGCCCCGAGACCGUUCCAGAAGUUCCAGCACUGCCAGGAGAGUCUCAGGCUGCAGCUCGCAAAGCCAGCUACAUCUGCCUUCCCGACGAUCCGAUAGGAGGAAUGCCAAGAAGCAGAACUUUCAGCAACCUGCCAAUCCCCAUUCGCAAGAAGCAGACGAGCAACUCGCUUGUCCAGUCCAAGUCGCACGCCCGCCUUCCCUCUGCGCUACUUCCUUCAACACGCGUACCUUCUCCACACCCGUCCAGCCGCAAGCAUUCUAUUACGCGCUUGACAACCAUCGAUAGCAACAUCACAACCAGAGAGUCUCUUGCACGCUCGGAUACUGAGCCUUUGCUCGACUUCAGCUUUGACCAGCCAAGUACUCGACGCUCGACCGCCUUCAAGGAGAACAUCCCGAGCAGUCCGACCAGACCAACCGCUUUCCACGAGAGGAAGGAUAGUGGAUACUACUACCCGCAGUCAAACGUCUCUUCGCGGGCUUACCACGAAAAGCCGAGUUUCUCCUAUUCUCGUCAUCCUAGUCAGGCCAACUUGGGAUUUGGACACGGCCAUGGCCCAACGGCUUCAGCCUCCACGUUGUCUUUGACCAAGUACGCCGAACUUCCCGAGGGAGCAUACAAGCGACUUUCCCAGAAGUACGACAGUAGUCCUAUUUAUCGAAGUUCAAAGGAGAGGGCUCCGACUCCUGGACAGCCGGUGCAGAGAUGGAACUCGCAGCCACUCUUGUCAUCCCAGUCAGUGUCUAACAAUGCGAACCCGCCUCUGCAGAGAUCCAAUCGCUCCUCAUUCGGUGAGAUCAAGCAAACCCGCCUCAUGUCGACGAUGCCGCCGCCGACUCCACCGCCACCCAAGACUCCACUGGGCAGCGAUAUGCUUGGCCAGAGCCAACCCAGAAGAAGCUCUGCUGCCUCUGGUAAUGCUCGCCUGUCUCUUGAUAAGACCCCAAUGCAAGCUGCAGUACGACCGCCUCAUCCAGCUACCAGGAUCGUUGCAGAAGCCAACAAGCCGAACCCCAAUGGCUCAAUCCACAUCGCUAAACCAUCCGCAUACUGGACUGGACGGUUUUCUUCCCUCAACGACAAGUACCGCAACGGAGACCUUAUGCGUGCCCUCAACCUCGACUCGUCCAACAGUCCCACUACCUGGACCUCCAAGGCUGACACCGACAAGAUGUACACUCCCGCCGCUACCGAGUCCCGCAUGCGGCGCGCUGUUAAGUACCUGUACGACGAAUGUGCGACUGAGGACGCCAGGCAGAGUUUUCUGAAGUGGCAGAAGCAGCUCACAGCCGUGAUGGACAAUCCGGAACUUGGGAAGCCCGUAGGAGGGAGCGGUAAGAAUUGUGCGCUGCAGAUGAGUCUGAGCGAGAGCGACGAGUAUGGUGGAUCGGGAUCGACGCCGUUGAGCACGGGGCGAAAGAUCAGUUUUAUGGAUCGGUUGCUCGGCAAGAAGGCGAAGAUCUUGGGAGCGAGUGGUUGA